CCUCCCCGUCCUGUCUUCCCCAGCACUAAACCCCUCUCCUCUCUCUCAUACACAUGGUAGAAGAAGAUCGGCCCUCAAUCUCAGCCGUCGAUCCUCCCACAACAUCGCCGUCGAUAAUCUCAGCCGUCUAUUCAUCCUCCGGAGAUGGAGAGCACACAGGAUUUCUCGCCUCCGCACGUGGACGCGUCUCGGCCAUCGCUAGGGUUUCCACUAGGCACGGCACUCCUCCUCGUCAUCAUCUUCAGCCUCUCCGGCAUCUUCUCCUGCUGUUACCACUGGGAUAAACACCGUUCCCUCCGCCGCUCCUUGUCCGCCGCCGCCGCUGGUCAUCCAUCCGCCGGCGACAUCGAGUCCUCUCCGUCGAAGCCUAAACCUCCCUUCUCGGAUGAGAAGAAAAACCAGAGCAUGAGCGUGCCGGUGUUGAUGCCAGGAGAUGAUACACCAAAGUUCAUAGCGUUGCCGUGUCCAUGCGAGCCGCCGAGGCCCGAAAAGCUCACAGCCGAUAUCCAGAAUCCGCCGCCGCCGCCGCCUCCGGUUAAACCGUCGCGUUUUCCGCUUCCCUUGUAUUGAUUUUUUUUUUCUUAACUAGGAUAUCAAAUUUCAAAUUCACCAUUUUGCUGUACAUAAAGUUAGGGUCCAAUAUUUUACAUAAUUUUAUGCAGUAACUAGUAA